GUCUCGCCGGACAGCAUGCACGCGACGGGAGCGUUCACUGCCGUCGGUGUCACAAUCUACUUCCUGUGUGUCAUCUCGAAUGCCGUCACUUACCCGACAAUGAGCGCCAUACGACACCGGGUCACGGAGGACACGCCGCCGAGGAAGUGCUGCGUCGCCGGUUACGCGUUCAACGAGGACCUCGAGUGCGUCCACGUUGAGGACCUAGGCAGACUCAACUACACGAUGGACGAUACCUGGAGGGCGCAACAGGAAAGGAUCGCCACAGUGAUCGUGUCCGCUGCGCAAGGCUUGAACUGUCACGAGGAGGCCAGCGCGUCCAGUAACCAUCUCCGGCGCAGCUACGCGCCCACGUUCCACACGUCGACGCAAUAUUGCGUCGAGAAGAUGACGAACGGUACGUCGGUGUUGGCCAAAUGUCCCCCGGUGUCUUCCGGCGCAGCGGCUUUCUUCUUGACGUUGAUGAUGAGCGCGAGGAACAAAGUGAGCACGACGGUAAUGACCAUCAACAGGACGUCGGUGACGUCAACGGACACGCAGGACGUAUCCAAGAAGGAGGAGGUCACGUAUUGCAGCCACGGAUUGAGCGCGGUGGUCUUCUGGGGCGCGCAGACCUACAUGGGCACCAACGUGGCGCACGUGGUCCUCUGCAUCAUCGUCGUGGCGGUCUACCUGUCCGUGCCGGAGCUGGGCAAGAAGAUAUACAAUCGCGCGGUGUUGCGUCACAACGUCUGCCUGCUGCUGCAGGGCUCCAUACUGACGUUCCUCGCCUUCUGCGACCUGUGCGAGUGCCCGGUGACCGACAACUUCACCGUCUUCCUGUGGAUAGCCCUGCAGUACUUCACCAACGCCACCGGCUUCUGGCUCAACGUGAUCUGCUUCGACAUGACCUUGUCCAUCACGAGGUUCCGCUGGAUGGCGGGUACCGCUCAGCGCAACAGCCGCGAGGAGUACAGGCGGCUCCUCAUCUACGGCGUGUUCGCGUGGGGUAGCGCCCUGAUCCCCGCCGUAGUCGCCCUCAUUCUCGAGUACGUCCCCGGGAUCCCGGAGGAUUUCCCGCUAAAACCGAAUUACCGUCACUACCGUGACGGGCCGAACAUCGUGGUGAACCUCUACUUCUUCGGCAUACCGCUGCUCACGCUCUUCUGGAACAACGUGCUCUUCGUGUUCACUACCUACAAGAUCGUACGUAUACAGAGGAGCACGGAGAUAGCGACGCGAGGCCAGAACAACGCGCUGCGGAAGAAGUACUUCCUGUUCCUGCAGCUGUACCUUCUCAUGGGCUCGCCGUGGUUCUUCGGCUCGCUGCUCGCGUGUCUCAACAACCUGGUGAUACUCAAAGUGUGCCGGCUGGUACAGCCGAUACUCUGGCUCCUGAUGCUCGUCGGCCACAAGAAACUGCGGCGGAAACUCACGGACAAACUGCGCUGCUUCGAGAGGCGGACGGAGGCCAGCGCGAUCAGCUCGUAAACGCUCCUUUCUCUCUCAUCUUUCUCUCCGGUAGGGUCUGAAGAAGAGGGAGCGAGUGAGAGCGAUGUGAACGAGCGAGACGGCGAUAGACGGUGAAUCAGCGAUCUUCGUUUCGGAUAUUCAAGCGUCGCGGAGCUGAGAUCGACGAAGACAUGGGGAUGCCCGUGAUCGACGUGUCCUCGACGCGGUCGCGAUUACGCAAUCGCCGCGCGCGCGACGAAGAGUCCCUCCCUCACUCUCUCUCUCUCUCUCUCUUGCUCAUUGUUGCGGCGGCUCGCGCAACUGCGCCGCUCGGUCAUUUGCAUUUUUUCCUUGCGCAAUCCGGCCCCUUAGGAAACCCCCGUCGGGGAAAAGACGCGGGCGAGACGGCGGAGAACGUCGCCGCAAUAUCCGAUGUACCGCGGCGCGAUGAGUCGCGCUCGGAAAAACUCGAGUUCGCAGGAUUACACGGCGGCGGCGGUGAGGUGCGAGUAAGGCUGGAUAAUAAAGGAGAGUCGACGGCGUCUGCCGACGUUUCCUGCCGUUUUAAUUACCGUAUUUUCUUGCCUCGUGUAUACCGAAUGACAACGACGACGACGACGGUGCGACACUCGCUACUCCCUAUACUUCUUUUCCUCGAUGUGUGGCAUAUUAAGUUGUUAGUGUAUGACGUAGGCGAGAAGAGCGAGAGAGCGAGUAUUUUGCAGGGAAAUUCCGACAAAUUCACUUAGAACACUUGGUCGAUUCUUUCUUCGCCGAUAGAUACGUGUGUGCGUGUGUGUGUGUGUGUGUGCGGCGAAUCAGCCGACCGCAAGCGCUAAUGAAUGCGAAAUAUAUCGUUAGAACGUGCGAAAUAUUUCACUCGUGCUCUCAUACGCCGAUUUCGCGCCGAAUAUUAUGUAGGUAUAGAGGCUUUCGUCGUAAAUAUGUAAAUAUCAUAGAGAUAUUACAGAAAUUCCGAUAUCUAGUCAAUGAGAGAAUAAACGGGUCGAUUAACAAAUGUAAAUAAGACUCGCCGGAAGGAAUUAUCGUGAAACGUGAACCCCCCUCUCUCUCUCUCUUUCUCUCUCGAUAGCGCAAUUACGAUCGCAAAGGAUCGAUAGAUAACAGCCUACGGGCAACGACUUAUUAAAGGCGCAUUGAUUCGAUGACGUUCGCGUUGUACACGGUAUAACGCGAUACAAAAACCGUAAUUGUUAAGGUAAUUUAAGGUAAAAACUAAAAUAAUUAAAGAUAAUUUAAGGCGAUACCACACGAUCGCGUACUUCGAAGAAUAUGUGAUACACGUUGCAUCACACAUAUGCGAUUAAUGCGAAUAAUAUUAAUUACAUAUUCGGAGGAGAUAAAUAGCUUUGGUGUAAAUUAAUGUAUUACGUAUUGAUUUUUACGAUCUGUAAACAUAGAGAACGACUGAAAAAAGAAAUCGUUAUCAUCGGUAACGUUCUUUUAUGCGACAUGAAAAUUUAUUUGGAAAAUACGCUCAUCGCGCUGCGAAAAUAUAUUUCGCGAGAACUCGGGGAAUUUUAUCAGCAUGAAAAUAUUCGCGAAUAUGUUCGCGAUGAAUGCUUUUAGG